AUGCCGAAGUGGGUUAGUCACUUGAGCAGUGGGUGUUUAUGGUUUCGAUCGAACUCCUCAGUUAAGUUGCCAUCGUUUCGGCCUCACCAUGCACUCCUCUUCAGGCGCCACUUAUCACUUCACCCAUGUUCUACCGCCUCGCCGUUUCUUCGCAUCUCUACCCGUGACGUGCAGUAUGUGCAUUCAAGCGAAACACUAUCUGGGAUUAACAAAAGAAAGCGUAACCUCAACACCAAGUGGGUUACAAAGAGUACUAAGGAGUACAUGCAAGAAGUCGAUGGCAAGGUUCAUAGCGCUUCAUCUAUCUUGACAACGCGGUGGGAUAAACAGAACGAUGUUUCUGCUCAACGUAAAGCCCAGCUUAAGAAAAUAAGAGAGGAGAGUGCCCGUGCCUUUCAGAAUGAGUUAGACCGUAUUGAUGAGGAUAAUAGCCGCCGCUGGAGGAAAGGUUAUAAUUUUUUUAAGCGUCAAGGAUGGCCCUUUGUAAUAUUGUAUUUAUCGGCGUACUUCGUUACGUGGUUCGCUCUUUAUAUCGGUUUCGCUACUGGCUUUUUGAAAAAGGAGGCGGCCUUCGACUAUAUGUUUCUCCUUAUAGGGUCGUACGUGUCUCGAGACCUUUUUUAUCAGAGAAUUGAAGCAUGGGACUCGUACGUAAACGUUGGGUUUGCCUUUGUUAUUAACGAGAUGCUUGAGAUAUUCCGAUUUACCUUGGUGUUGGCUAUGUUUUUGGAGUUCAGGCGCUUUUUCACAGGAGCUAAGAAAAACAUCAAACCUUCAAUAUUCCGUAUGGGGGCCGCGGAGUCGUGA